CAAUAUAAACUAAAAAAAUAUUAGAUAUCUCAUGAUCUGUCGGCAGAUCAAUAUAAACAAAAAUAUUAGAUAUCAAAUUUCUGUAUGAAGCAUGAAGGUAAACAAAAUGCAAGCGAGUGAGCAUCCAUCCAACGACAAGCUGUACAAAAGCCAACACCUUCACUGUCAUUUGUCAAGUAAGCAAAGCAGCCAGGUCGGACCCAAUCAAACCCAAAGAAAGGAAGAACUUCCCCGGCCGUCCGUCCGUCCAUGGCCACCUACUCCCUCCUCCUAUUCGCCGCCGUCGCCGUCGCCGUCGCCGUAGCCGCGGCGUCGUCCGCGGAGGACAGGCCAACGGCGUACGAGAUGCUGGAGCGGUACAACUUCCCGCGGGGCAUCCUGCCGGAGGGGGUGGAGGGGUACGAGCUCGAUCCGGACGGCGGCUUCCAGGUGUACUUCCCUCGGGAGUGCGAGUUCCUGCUGGCGAAGCAGUGGCUGGUCAAGUACGACACGCGCAUCGCCGGCGCCGCCACCGCGGGCAAGCUCGCGGCGCUGCAGGGCAUCUACGUCAAGGUACUCUUCCUGUGGAUCCCCGUCGCCGAGGUUGACCGCGCCGGCGACCGCCUCAGCUUCUACAUCGGCCCCGUCUCCACGUCCUUCCCGCUGAGCGACUUCGCCAACAGCCCGCACUGUCGCGGCUACCACGUCCCCGCCGACGUCGCUGCGGCCGUCUCGUGAACCAUAAGCCUUUUACAAGAGUACUUAGCUACGGCUGCUGGGGAAAAUAGUAGUAGUGCAGCAUAUAUAUUUCACAUGGAAAACUCUAUUGAUACGGCCUGAUCAUUUGAACAAGACUCGCAUGAGUCAUUGUGUCAGUUAACCUUUGUACCAUCGUGGAUAAAUCAAUGAGCCCUGCCUAUACGAUUCCAGUUUAA